AUGUUGCGCAUCCGUGUCGGCCUCCGACUGCGAUUUGUGAGGCUACCGCACAUCGACGGCGAGCGCGUGUUUCGCGAUGUGAUCAGUUUCGUAGAGCCGGAGGAUCGAAGCUAUGACGAUCUUCGCGCGCUGGUGGAGGCGAAGAUCAGCUUCAUGGAGCUCGGACACUCCGACUUCACCGUCUUCCACGCCCAGGAGCACAGCGGCGACCGUAUUGUCGUGGACACUGCCUACUUUAGUGCGCUCCUGCGGCAAUGGGCACGCAGAGGGACAAAAGAACGUUCGCUGCCUAAGCGAACCGCCGUGCCGGAGAUGGCAGGACUAACGCUUCUCGGCGAGUCGCCCUCGACCCUUAUUAGCCCCGAAUAUCAAGACCAUUGUAGUGGCGCCGGUGUACGCGCGGUGCACACGGGCGACACGAGUAAUGAUGACGGCAGCGACGACGACGACGAUCGUCCACCGGAUAUACUGGCGUGCUUUGAAAUUGAACUACACAGUAGUCAGUCUGUUGCUGCGGCUACCACCGCCGCCACCUCAGGUAUGGUUUCGUCCACGUCUCGUGUGGUGCCGUCACCGGUGCAGUGUGCCGCGCUCACGCGCGAGAACCUAGCACGACUGUGCGACGGUGAGGACACGAAACUUGGUGCGUCAGUCUUAGUCCCAGCGCCUGGGGCUGCAUCACUGAACAAACAGGUCGGUGGGAUAGACCUCCGCACGGCUUUGCGGAGCGCCCAUCCACCUGACCCUAAUACCGAAGUUCUGGUGCCUGUUCGCGAGCUGACGUGCCCGCCCGGGCACGUCAAGUUCUACUUGCGCUGCAUCCUGCUUGCUGUGCGCUUCAAAACACCUAAGCCUGGGCUGAUGGUAGCCGAACUCGACCUGGGCGACGCCGAGGACGUCACGCAGGCGAUCACCGCAGUCACGUUUGACGAGGUGGUUCACAAGGCCAUACGCGACCACCUUCGCGGGGACCGCCGGCAAGUUCUGGAGCUGCGCCAGGUGUACGUGCGGCGUAAGAAUGACGUGGACGUACGCUACCAGACCAACGCGCACCCGCUGCUGCUUCGCCUCGAUCGGUCGUCUAAAAUGGAGGUGGUGCGCAUCCUCGCAACGCCGGCGCCGCAGCCAGGCGGUGGUGCCAUCGUCACGGUGCGCGAGCAGCUAGGCUCGGCAGGGGUCGUGGACGUGACCCAAUUCAUGGGGCGGAAGCCGCAGCCGCAUCGGUUACAUCACUUCUCCAGUGGUGCUAGUGGCGCCUCAUCGUCAGAGAACGGCACCUCUUUCGGCGGAGUCGGCGGUGGUGUGUAUCCUCCUGCGUGCUCCUCGUCAUCCUCCUCCUCGGGCCCGCGACGAACGACCUUCACCAUGAGCACCUCCAGCGGCAAUGCUGGCGCGAGCACAGCGCUUGUCAGUGGUGUGGUUCCGUCAAACUUUGGACAGGAGCUGCGCAGUCGUCAAGAGAUGCUGCUCCGCCAGCAACGCCCCGUGGAUGUCCCACCGAUUGAGCCUGGAGUCGCGAUUGUCACUGCGCGCGAUGUUCGCGAGCGUGAGCCACUGGUGGAGCAGCACGCCAACCGCGAGGAACAGCGAAAGAUGCGUAUUCGCCGCAAGGUGGAGGUGUCAACGCAGUGUCUGCUCUGUGGGCUGGAUUGCAGUAACGCGGCAGCUUGCAUGGCAGUGGUCCGGCAGCAGCUCACGAAAAGCUCGCGCAACCGCGGCACACAAGUGCCCGAAUUCGAGCAGGUGAAGCACGACCUCUCCGACCGUCGGCGGGUCCCGGAGGGGAAGGCGCCUACGCGACUGUUAUGCACACAGACCUUUGUGAACAGCGCUACUCGCACCGUGCACGUCGUUCACCCGCGCUGCGCACACCUGUGCUCCGCCUACCAAAGUGGGAGCGAGUUGGAAGAUAUUGUCGUGUGCGACCUGAGCAUGAACAUGUGCACGCUUUGCGGGAUGCCCGGCGCGUGCGUGGCUUGCUACCACCCCCUGUGUACGGAGAUGUUCCACGUGGUGUGUGCCCUCUACAGUGGCGGCUACGUAAACUUUGGCCAGCGCGAUCCUUUUUUGCCCUGCCCCGCCUGCCCGCGGCACACGCAGGUGGUCGUAUCGAAGAGGAGGUUAGAGGGAAGCAACAUCUUGCAUGUUGAUCACAGCUGCUGGGAGGAUGGAGUCGCCUUCGACUCGCGUGUGGUGGAAGCCACAGACCUCCGCGACCCGGACCAGAACGACGGCCAAUGA